AUGUCCGGCUGGAUUCAAGAACAUGACGAUCUAAAGACUACUACCAUCUUGUUUACCAUCGACCGCAUCAUCACUGCUGUGAUUACGGCACAGCUUGAUGAGGCCGCAAGGGACAUACUCCAACCCAUGUUCAGCAUCCUUGACCAACACGAACAAAUAUCCCUCCAGUUCGGGCUCAAGGUUGAUGUCGACACUUUGCUUGAUGACCUUCAAUCGCCCUCAAAAGGGCUCUCUGCACAAGUCGACCGCUCAUUAGUCAUGAGGGCCACCUUGGGCAGAGGCAAGACACGGACAGGUCUCCAAGGCACUGCAAAAUCCGGUGGUCUGAACUUUACGUUCUCAGAAACCAAAUUUCCCGACCAUACUGCCUCCUAUGGCUCCCAGGAUCUUCACGUAUGA